AUUAUAAGAAUACUCAAGACUGUGUGGCGAUGGAGCCAGUUGACAUUGGCACUGUUAAUCAUUGUGUUGGAAAGUGUCAUUAGAUUUGGAAUGAGCGUAUUUACAAGUUUCAUUCCAUUCUCUUCACAUAUUGAAUUGCCAAAGUCCCUAAAGGGACAUAGCCCUGCAUCAUACUCUGAGUCCCAGAAGGACCUCGAGCGUGAUGCAAUCGAAUUGAUCACCAGUCGUGGAUACCCGGUCGAGGAGCACUUUGUCACCACUAAGGAUGGUUUCGUGUUGGGACUGCAUCGCAUCACUGGUCCACGCGCAUUCACCUCGCCUCUCAACUCGGCGCCGGCUUCGCCACGCGAUCUUGGCAUCCGCGGCAGUCACGCCAGCUUGUUUGGCAACAGCAGCAACAAUAGCAACAGUGCCAUGGUCAAACCCGCCGUGCUACUCAUGCACGGCUUCAUGAUGUCAUCCGAGGUGUGGCUGACGCGUACCAACCCCAAUGACAGCCUGCCAUUCAUUCUUGCCGAUGCAGGAUACGAUGUUUGGCUUGGAAACAAUCGUGGCAACAAGUACUCGUUCAAGCACACCACCUACACACCAGACCAAGAACAGUUCUGGAACUGGUCCAUUGAUGAACUGGCAAAGUUUGACAUGCCCAGCAUGGUGGACUUUAUCACCGACAGGACUGGACACAAGACAAUCACCUACAUUGCAUUCUCUCAAGGUACAGCACAAGGUUGGGCUGGUCUAAGCUCCAACGCUGCACUCGCCAGGAAGGUCGACUUGUUCAUUGCAUUGGCACCUGUCAGUACAUGUCUUGGCUUUAGUAAUCCAAUGGUGGACUCAUUGGCAAGGAGUAGACCAGACUUUAUCUUUUUGCUCUUUGGCAAGAAGUCAAUACUUCCAUCGAUCAUAUUCUGGAGGAAUAUAUUGCCUCGCGACAUCUAUGUCAAGUUGAUCGAUGGCUCUGUCUCUUUCCUCUUCAACUGGACCACCGCCUGCCUGUCCAAGGAAGAGAAGCCAAUGCUCUACUCUCACAUCUUCUCCUACACCAGUGUCAAGACCGUAGUGCAUUGGUUCCAAAUCAUCCAGACCAAUCGCUUCCAGAUGUUUGAUGACAUCCUCCUGGGUGUCACGCCAACCGAGAGUUCCGAUCAACCUCAUAGAUAUCAUGGUCGAGUGAUACCUGGUUACCAUCCAGGACAGAUACAGACAAAGUUUGCAAUGUUCUAUGGAGGCUCAGACACACUGCCCAACACCAAACUGCUUCUUGAACAUCUGCCCAAGGACAAAUCAGUUAUGGUCCAUGAAGUACCAGAGUAUGAGCAUCUCGAUCUCAUCUGGGCCAAAGACGCACAUCACAAGGUCUUCUCCAAGAUUGUCAAGUUACUCAACUCUCACAACAAGACCAUUCUCUCAGAGUCAGACUCGUCCGAU